UGUAUAAAUUGAGGGCAUCUCAUAACGUCAACCCACAAAAAAAAAAAAAAAUGGGGAGAAGGAAAAUUCCGAUGGAGAUGGUGAAGGACGGCAACACGAGGCAAGUGACGUUCUCCAAACGCCGUAACGGCGUUUUCAAGAAGGCCGACGAGCUCUCCACUCUCUGCGGCGUCGACGUCGCCGUCAUGGUCUUCUCCCCCGGCGGUAGGCCCUACUCGUACGGCAGCCCCAGCGUUGACGCCGUCUUCGACCGUUAUCUUGGCCCGGACACUUCCUCUAACCCCCGCGUCCGCGUUAACGUUAACGCUAACGGUAGGAAGGCCACCAAAAGAGUUGCUGCUAAGCAGGUCAAGCUUGAAAAUUCUCAAGCAUACCUCACUUCCCUCGAGGAGGAGUUGCAGGCCGAGAAACUCCGUGGAGAAGUUCUCAGGGAUAAGUUCAAAGAGACGCGUGAAAAGAAUAAGUUUAAGGAUGUGAAGGAUCUCGGAAUGGAUGAACUGAACGAGUUCAAGGGCAAGCUCGAAGCUCUUCGUGAGAUGAUCAAUGGCAAAAUCAUGGAAAUGGAGGCUUCAUCCACUCUCAUGAUGCUCUCGAAGGGCAAGUCUCCGAUUGAAGUAGAGGGUUCGAAGAACAAGAGAAAAAAAUAGUUUGGCAGAAUAGAUGCUCUAGGUUCCAUAUACUGUUUUUGAGUUCGAGAAUGGGAUCCAAAUUUUGUCUUUCGGGUCUGAGAAUAAUGGAUCUGUUGUGUAAUGGAACUUGUUAUGUAUUUCCUUUUUCAUAUUCGGAGGUUGUAAGAAUUUUUUUUUAAUUAUCAAAAUUUUCGUUUUA